AUGGGGAAAAAAAUGUUUAGGGGACCCUAUGGAGUUAAACUUGGUGCGGAUUUUGAGGAUUGUAAAUGUGCAGUGUAUUGGAAAACAAACAUGGGACAAAUCCUUCCUCUCCAAACCACCUCGAUCCAAAUCGCCGAUCUCCUUGCUCGAGAGUUUGAGCUUCAAAUCCACAGUCUCGGCAAACCCCCGCUUGCCGUAGCUACCGCUGCUCUUCUGAUCUCCGGCGCCGGGCAGCCCGAUGCCGAGCCUCAGCUCAGUCUCCUCAAACCCCAGCCUCUCGCACCGACCGGAACUCAGCAUGCCAUCCGCCAUUAUCGUCUCCAGCUAGAGAUCCUCAAGGGAGGGGAGGAAAAAGGUAGAAAAAUGGGAAAGGGGGGAAGAGUGUGCCUGGGCUGA